AUGAGCAACGGCGCGCUCGCAGAAGCACAGCGAUUCACGCAGCUCGCGUCGUCGCUGCGCAAGAAUGUGGAAGAUAUUUGUUUUGAUGUAAAUAACUGUGCAUUAGGUACCGACAGAGACGACUUGCUCUUUCCCGACGGCAUUUCGUUGCUCACGGUCAAGGUCGAUGCAUUACUCUCCUAUAUUCAGCAUAUGGCCUUCCUUUGUGCCCACCGCAUGAGUGGAAAAUCACUUGCAGAUGAGACUGGCACCACGUACGUUGAGCGCCUCGUGAAGCUACGACUCUUGCUGGAGAAAAUGCGCCCCAUGGAAGCGCGGCUAAAGAACCAAGUCGAAAAGCUGCUGCGCGCUGCAAAUGCGCAAAAGCGCGAGACACAUGUCGCUACAGAAGAACACGGCGAGGAAUUCGAUGCGAUGGAUUUCAGGCCGAAUCCAGAAACCUUCGCGGCACAGGCCACAGCGAAACGCCUUGCGGACGCACAGCGCGCAGACGAACAAGAGGCGGCUGUGUACCGACCGCCCAAGGUCGCACCCGUAGUCUUUGACCCCGAUGCGCGCCAGUCGCGCAAGAGCCGCAGCAAAGAGCGCCAGCCGUCGCGGAACGCGGCGCUCUUGGCCGACCUCGCCGCGGGCAUGUCGUCUAAUCCGUACGAGACAAGCACGAGUGGUGUCGGCGGCGGCAAAGCGAUUGGCGCUGCUGGAUCAUCGCGCGCGCGCGCAUUGCGCCGCAUGGAAGAGUUUGAGGAAGAGAACUUCAAGCGUGUGUCGAUGAGCAAGCGCGAUGCCAAGCGCCGGCGCCGCGACGAGCAAGAUGUGGCGCUCGGCGGACUUGGCCUCUCGGCGGAUGGCAAACGCAUUGGCGGGGGUGUGGAAGAAGAGUUUGGCGAUUUGCUGCGUGGUUCUGAGCGCGAUACGCGCCGCCGGAAGCGCGGGGAUGGAAAUGAUGUCUACGGGCUGCUCGAGCAGCGUGCCAAGCGCCCAUCAACCAUUUCGCGCGCGCAGCAAAACAGCGAGCGGGAUGGCGCAGAGGUCAUUGCGGGCCCUGCGUCUACACAUAAAUUCAAAAAGGCAAUGCGCGAGCAGAGGCGCAAAUCGCGCAAGUAG